GCCAACACCUCGGACCCCACCUGGGACUUCGCCUCGGCGCUCUUCUUCGCCAGCACGCUGGUCACCACUGUGGGAAACCGUGGCCCUUGGUCCCGGGCAGCCACUCUACCCCCGCCUCCUGGGAAUGUGGUGGUGGUGCGGCUGGGGUUGAAAUCAGGGCCAAGCAUAGGUGCCGAGUGGGCAGGAGGCUUCCCAAUCACCCUGCAGGCUACGGCUACACCACGCCGCUGACGGACGCGGGCAAGGCCUUCUCCAUCGCCUUCGCACUCCUGGGCGUGCCGAUCACCAUGCUGCUGCUGACCACCUCAGCCCAGCGCCUGGGGCUACUGCUGACGCACGCACCCCUGUCCUGGCUGCGUUUGCGAUGGGGCUGGGACCCCCGGCGGGCGGCCCGAUGGCAUCUGGUGGCCCUGUUGGCGGUCAUAGUGACCAUCUGCUUCCUGGUGCCGGCUGUGAUCUUUGAGCACCUUGAGGAGGCCUGGAGCUUCCUGGAUGCUUUCUACUUCUGCUUCAUCUCUCUGUCCACCAUUGGCCUGGGAGACUAUGUGCCUGGCGAGGCCCCCAGCCAGGCCCACCGGGCCCUCUACAAGGUGCUGGUCGCAGUGUACCUCUUCCUGGGCCUGGUCGCCAUGGUGCUGCUGCUGCAGACUUUCCGGCAUGUGUCUGACCUCUAUGGCUUCACGGAGCUCAUCCUGCUGCCUAAUCCUUUGCCUGCCAGCCUCCGCGAGGAGGAGGAUGACCAGGUGGACAUUCUGGACCCCCAGCCGGACCUGCACCAGGAGCUCUCUGCCGGCUCACAAGCCGACUACGCCUCCAUCCCCAGGUAGCUGGGCCGGCGCUGAGAGCUGAGCAGACACGAAUGUCCACACCUGUGCACCGGAGGCCCUGUCCUCAACUCUCCGCCUGAUAAUGUCUCCGUGUUCUACAGUGCUAGGCCGGCCGGCAGGGACCUCUGGGCACCAGGAGCUUCCUGUCCACUUCCCUUUCUCUCACUUUCCCUCACACUCUGGCUCCCUGGUGCCCCACAGUUCACACCACUUCUGUCUCCCCCUGUGGCCGUCUCUGUCUUAUUCUCUCACACAUUCUGUCUCUCUCAUCGAGCCUCUCAUCAACUGCUGACUCUGCCAGGCUCUGGGUCUGGACCUCAUUCUGGCACUCUGGGCGCUCUGUCUUGGAAAAGUAGCUCUCUGAGCCUUGAAGAGAGGAUGGACAGAAUCUGUUCAUUGGGGACACAGUGGUGGAGGCGGGGUGGUUCUGGGCUCUCCUCUCAUGGGACGUACAGACUUGUCCUCAGACAGUGACAGUCCCAAGAGGGCAGGACUUCAGUGGAGGCGGUAGAGGGGUCAGGGAUGCCAUGGAAAAAGCACAGGCAGAGUGGAAGGUCGGGGGAGGCCAGGGAGGGCUUCCCAGAGGAAGGGACAGCGGCUAAGACCCAGUUGGCUGGUGCCACGUGCCUAUAAUCUCAUCACUCUGGGAGGCUGAGGCAGGAGAAGUGCAAGGUCAAGCCCAGACUGGGCAACUUAGUGACUUAGUGAGACUCUGUCUCAAAAUUAAAAAUAAAGCACUGGGGGUAUAGCUCUGUGUGAAGCCCUGGGGUGGGCCUGGGUGGCAGCAUCCUCCUUGGCAGCCUGGCAGGUAGGAAGGGGACACAGGACCCCAGUGCAGAUCCCAGUGGCUCGGAAAGGCGGCUGCUCCUAGCAUGGCUCCAGUGCUACAGCUGAAGUUGUGUCCUGAGCACUAACUGCCUGUCCUGCCUGGGGCUCAGCCAUGUCCUGCCUGUGUCCCAGGCAGGCGCUCUACCU